UCAACGCACUUUGAUCGAGAAUCAUGGCUCUCAAUAACUUGCAAGGCCAUUGGUGUCCUUUUAUAGUUGUCACUCUAUUAACCAUCUACAGGCAUCCGGUUUUGGGGUCAGGUUAUGAGCGGCGAUCGGCCUCUUUUUCGUCUUACAACAGAUCUAAGCUGAGCGAAGUAGCGAUAUGUCCCGCGUCUAAUAUUGUUUGUGCAGGAGUCUGUCAAACUACUAAAGGAUGUUCUUCAUACAAAUUGCAAGACCAAAGUUGCGUUCUAAUUGAUGCCUCCCAACUCAAUUUCUCACCCGAAAACGAGGAGGAACUCCAACUCCACGUAGACAUCUCGUUCGCUCCGAUUUAUGGUAAUUGGUCGCCAUGGAGAAGUCUUGGCUCAUGCUUCAAUUCUACUGGUCGCGGUCUCAAACUUCAAGUACGAACUUGCAACAACUCAGAACCCCAAGGUAUGGACACUGAAUGCACGGGACCCAGCAAAAGAUAUGUGAAUUGUUCGAUCGAAAAUCGUCCCUUCAAGGUGCUUCAUUUUGAGGGAAACGAAUUACCCAAGGGGGAUUGGGCGUUUGAGCAGUUUUGUUCCAAAAGUGGCAGCUUUGUCACGUCGUAUUCAACAAAUUCAUCCGAACACGAACCGGGUUCAGGGACAAUUUUGACAGAUAUUGCCAUGGUUUGUAGUGACGGAACUGAUUUGAGAAUUGGAAACCGAAUGGAGGAUCCCAUUCCACCCCCACAGGAUAGUUGCGACAAAGGAUACAAUGCUGCUUGGAUAAAUCGGUUGAACGUGACAGAGGCAUCAGGCUCGCAAAUUUUUGCUUAUGCCACGGCCCUACAGCUAAUAUGUAGCUCGGAGGAAUGGAGCGAGAUUAAUGAUUCAAAUACGGUCAGAAUCGACCCCAAAGUUUGCAAGACAGGUGCCCUUAUAUGCGGUCUACAAACCAAGGAAUGCGGCCAGGAUGAAGAUUCUUCUUUCUUUUGUUUUAGUAAUAUCAAAAUAAUGUGUUGCUCAAUGUUACAUUCAAAUUAAACAUUAACUCCCUCUUUUAAGAUUUGAAAAAGGGUAAAAAAUGAGGGUGGACUUAGUACAAUACAUGUUCAACGGCAAGUACAUUUUCUUAGCUUCGAAGCAAUAAUGCGUCGUUUGUUCAAUUUCUUGCGAAUUGGUCAACACAUUUAUCAUUAUUUUGGAUUUGGAUGUGACGGACAAAAGGCCACCCGAGGUCUCAAACUCAAAUGCAGUUUUCAGUUUUAUUCGCUUUCGGAAACCAAAUAACCCAGGGAAAAGAAUGAAGAUGAUAUGCGAAAUUCAACGCAUUAAAGAGCUUAACUAGAGUUUGAUCUACUGAAUUUGAUCGAUUGGAUAAUCUUCACGGUUGUAAGUCAUUUGUUGGAUGCUUUUUUCUUGUUUGAUUAGGUAAAAUAAAACAAACCAAAAUUC